CGCCCCAAAAUUGUGCCAUCGGGCGCCGGUCACAUCGGGCAAAGGUUAACUUCAAAAAGGCCUCUUGCUUUCAAACAUUGUUCACUUCCUUAAUUAAAUAACACACCCCACUUCAGACACCACUCCUGAUCUGUCUCCUCGUUUGAAUUGCCGCAGUCGCUGUCAGCCUCAUCGAUCAUGGGAGACAUUUCGCCUCGGAGAGAGCACCUCCUCGUCCUGAUCCCAUAUGCCGUCGACGAUAUUCUAGAUGAAUUGAAGAAAAAGUUUCCAUAUGUCAAGAUCACUGUUCAUGCUCAGCAACGCGUGGAUAGAAAAGUCAUAUCGGACCCGAUCGCCGAAGACCUCUGGAAGGAUAUAACCAUCCUUGUAACGCUCUUCACACUGCCCCCAGACCCAUCUUUUGUGCCCAACCUCCACCUCAUCCACGUGCUCAGUGCCGGGGUAGAUAGACUCUACUCAAGUCCAUUUUGGAAUGAGACAGACGUAGCACUCACUAAUUCCAGCGGUGUCCACGGACCGCAGAUUGCAGAAUGGGUCAUCCUGCAGAUCCUAUCGCACUCCCAUCGGCAAAAGCUAUUGCUUGAGCUCCAGCGCCAACACGUCUGGGGUUCGAACAAAGUGCCCCGUGAGCAGCAAGACGGAGUUGGGCAAACCUUUGGGGUCUUGGGAUAUGGAGCUAUUGGCCGACAGGCAGCUAGAGCUGCUCAUGCUCUCGGCUUCGAUGUCAUUGCUUUUACAGCAACCCCAAAGAAGACGCCUGAAAGCAAGAGAGAUCAUGGCUAUAUCGUGCCUAGAACUGGAGAUCCAGAUGGCUCUAUUCCCUCUGCUUGGUAUAGUGGCUUGGAUAAGGCUUCUUUGCAUGAAUUCCUAUCUCAAAAGAUCGAUGUGCUGCUAGUUUCUGUGCCCUUGACGCCAGAAACGACACAUCUGCUUGCGAAACCUGAAUUUGAGAUUCUUGGAGAAAAUAACGCAUUUAUCAUUAACGUGGCACGAGGGAAAGUGUUGGAACAAAAUGAUCUGAUUGCUGCCCUGAAAGAGUACUCAGAAAGUGGCGGCAUUGGAGGAGCAACUGCUGGAGCUGGCGGACUGCGCGGUGCAGCCUUGGAUGUCACUGAUCCGGAGCCUCUGCCCGCAGAUAGUGAGUUGUGGGAUCUGGAGAAUGUGGUUGUUACACCCCAUGUCAGCGCACGCGGAUCCUCAAACGUGCAAAGGAGUUUCCAGAUCGUAGAACAAAAUCUCACCAGGAUAGCGGAAGGAAAGAGUUUGCUCAAUGAGGUGAGUCGCAGAAAGGGGUAUUAGAGAUAAUUAGCGUUGAGAUAAAUUUGAGCGCUAUGGCUGAAAAUUUACAAUGUCUUGGUUAUCUUCAUGGUAAUUCACGCAUCUGCCUUAUGAAUAAUCAAGUUUUUCGAGGAUUAUUAACGCACAUCCUAACGCGUGUAUGGUGUUAUGCAACAGCUUAGAGACAUGCCACAUCAAGUUUUCCAUACAGUCACAGACCUGGAUUUGU